AUGAUCCUCUCGCGAUUCCGCUCCGGCAAGCUACCCAAGCCCUUCAAGAUCCUUCCCACCCUCCCUCAAUGGGACACUCUCCUCUCCAUCACCCGCCCUGACUCCUGGACACCCAACGCAACCUACGAAGCCACCCGCCUCUUCACCUCCUCCCGCCCGGCCGUCGCCCAAGCCUUCAUCCACGACAUCCUCCUCGACCGCGUCCGCGACGACAUCCGCGAGACCAAGAAACUAAACGUCCACCUCUACAAAGCACUCAAAAAGUCCCUCUACAAGCCCGCCUGUUUCUUCAAGGGUCUCCUGUUCCCUCUCCUCGCUUCCGGCACCUGCACACUCCGCGAAGCCCACAUCAUCAGUUCCGUGCUCGUGCGCGUCAGCAUCCCCGUCCUGCACUCUGCAGCAGCCAUCCACCGCCUCUGCGAAAUCGCCGCCGAGCAAAUGACCGACAACCUCGAAGCCGGCGGCGCCACAAACAUCUUCAUCCGCGUCUUGCUCGAGAAGAAGUACGCUCUGCCCUACAAAGUCGUGGAUGCGCUCGUGUUCCACUUUNUGCGUUUCCGCGCUGUCGAUCAGGAUGCCAUGACUGAUGCUCCUGCGACCAUCAAGAGUGGAGAAAAGCUGCCUGUGCUGUGGCAUCAGUGUUUCCUUGCUUUUGCGCAGAGGUACAGGAACGAUAUCACCGAGGAUCAGAGAGAGGCGCUUUUGGACUUGUUGCUCGUCAAGGGCCACAAGGCCAUCGGACCUGAGAUCAGAAGAGAGUUGUUGCAGGGCAGAGGUAGAGGUGUGUUGGCUCCAGAGGUGGCCAUGGCUGGUGUGGACGGCGAUGAUACUAUGGUUGAUAUCCAGUAG